GUGAUGACACCAGUUAUUUAUGCCCUCUUACCCAGCAAGAGUCAAGCGAUCUACACCAGAUUCUUCUCAACCCUGCAAGAAAAAAUCAACGACCUUGGACUACAGUUUUGUCCUACCAGUGCCCUAGCCGACUUCGAGACAGCUAUCCACAAUUCCAUUCGACAAGUGUUUCCUGGAAUCAACACAAAAGGCUGCUUCUUCCACUUCACACAGGCGGUAUGGCGAAGAGCGCAACAGACUGGCCUACAGAUUCCAUACAAAGAGAAUGACGACAUCAAGACAUUGGUUCAAAGAGCAGCUGUCCUGCCUCUAGUUCCUCUUGAUUGCAUAGAAGAUGUAUGGUUUACAGCCCUGGAAGACCGAGAUGAAGCUGACCUUACAGAGCUGACGCAGAACUUUACAGACUAUGUGACAGAGCAGUGGGUGAAUGGUGACCGACUUUUGUGGAACCACUUUAGCACGGACGGACCAAGAACAAACAACAGUCUGGAAGGAUGGCACAGCAAGAUAAAGAGAAUGGUUCAAUAUGCUCACCCCAACAUAUUCACAGUCGUCAAGUUGUUCAAAGACAUUCAGAAUGCUAAUGAAAUCUAGCAGAUACAGAGACAAGUCGGCGGAACCAUCAGACCACCAGCCAAGAAAUAUGCAACCAUCGGGAGAAGACUUCACCUGCUGCGAGAACGCCUCCAAAACGGGACAAUCGACCUCAUGACCUACACAGACUCCGCUUCAGAGCUGUUGCACCUGGGAUAGUGAUCAUGAAGAAAAACCUGUGCUUAUGAGACCCAAUAAAUGUGAACAAAUUAAGUGCUUAUUAAUCUAUAGAACUGAGGUUAUAUUUACUCU